AUGGAAGCGUCCUUGCCGGGGCGCCCCCGCCUCAAGCUGAAGCCGCCGUCACUGCAGACCUUGGCUAGGAGGCAGCGCGAGCUCGAAGAGUCUGACAGGGUGCGAUUACUGCCCGCCCAGCUGCGGCAGAGCUGGUCUGUGACGAACUCGGGUACUUACGGCGUGAUUUUCACGGAUGGUAGUCAUGCCUUGAAGGUGUCCAUUGAGGGCAUGGAUCCCUCGAGGGACCAGUCAUGCGAGAGGCAGGUCACUGAGGCGGUAGUGUACAGCUUGGCUCCCCGGAUACUCUCCGAAUUGGGCACACAGGUCCCCCGAAAGGCGCAGCUGCUGGAACGCUUGGGAGCGGGUUCCCUUCGAGGUGCAGACGACUGCUGGCGAUCCCACCUUGUUCUGGACUUGCUGCAGCCGGAUGUCCAGUUGCCAGGAGAGAAUCUAGGUAAGAAGCUGCUUCUCUCGGUGCAGCUGGGCCAAACCGACCUGGGAGUUAGCGCUGGCUCUUUCAUCGAAGGUCCCGCGGCACUCGUCGGUGGGCAGAACAAGUCACAAGGUUGGAGGAAUAUGAACGGUGCUGUUUUUGCAAAGACUGUGGGUCGCGAGGUUGCGGAGGAAGCCUUGCAUGAUGCUGGCUUCCUGCACGGAUACUUGGAGACUUUCGGUAUAUUCCUGCAUGACUCCGAGAUGAUAUGGGGAUCGGUCGGCAACGGGCGUGCCUGCCUUUAUGUGGUUGAUUUCGACAAAGCCAUCCUUGACUGCAAUCCCAACGACAUCGAGAGGCUGCGGUUCAGCGACCCUGUCUUCCCGCGUCCUGCACAAAGAACCGAGAUGGCAGAUUACUGGGGUGCCGUUUUUUGGCGCGGUUGGCGUGCCGGGCAGCGUGCUGCCCAAUCUGUCGCAGAGAG